CGCAGACUUGUUAUUCUUUAUCAGGAGAUUCUUGCUUUCAUUAUGUGAAACCUAUGUAUGAAACCAUACCCCCCCCAUUCCUCAUUUGUCAAUGUUAAAAAAAAAAAAAUGUAAGUCUCCACUUAUUGAUUUCUUUGGUUUUGUCUGAAAUGCUGAGGGAACAUUGCAACAUCACUGAUGGGGUAGAUUGACAUAUGGUUGUAUCAGAUGAUUAUUUCAGUCACUGAUAUUCUUUGUAAAGGAAAUGGAUGUCUUUCCAGAGGCUCAAGUGAUGUAAUGUUGAUGAGCAAAACACGAGCUUAAAUAUUGCAAGUACUGUGUAAUUGUGCUUGGCAGUGCAGUGUUCUGUAAUGUAUCACAAUAUAUUACAGAAUAACAAGUUAAUCAUCACGUUCUCAUAACAUGGUUUGAAUUGGGCACAUCUAUGCCUCUUAAAGUUUGGUGCUUGUGAUGAAUGUCUGUGUGCAAGGAAACAGUUGCUCAACUCGGUCUCAAUAUUUGCUGUUGUCGUUUCACUUUACAGAUUUCCACUAUAUUUCCCCCAAGGCCUGGGAGAUGUCCAGCUCUUGUUUUACUGCUGCUUCUCUCAAGCAAGGCUGUCUCAAAAUGUCUACAGGGAGGUAGCAACCCAUAGACCCCAAACCUGUCUGAGCUACCACAUCAAACAACGCCCCUUGUAGCCCUCACCAAAGACCUGCCAGAAAACACAACAGUCUCCGUAACCCAGCAAACAAUAAGAACUGAAACCUUUGAGACGGGCCAUGAGACUGAGAUCGCCCACACCACUUUGAGCGGUAAACGAACCCCCAUCUCAACAGCCCUGCAUCCAACCCCCUACCCUACCACUGCCUUCAACUCCUCCACAGAAUGGAUGUCAAAAUUCUCCAGGACAUCCAGUGACUGGUAGGUCUCGGUGCCGGAUCACCAAUGACGUUGUUCAUUGUCAGCACUGUCAUCCUGACCAAGCUGAGGGGCAACGGGUACAGACACGGGCCAGCAGCUACAGGGGCAGAGCACAGAGAUGGUGUGCAAUGGUCCCCACCAGUACUACUGAUUGAGGCCAGGGGAGAUCCAGACAUCCCAAACGAAACGGAACCCUGAUGUCCAACAGAGGACGGGGACGACCUCCCUCUCAACAGCUCCAUCCCAGACCUUGACAGAGGCUUGUAACACUAGUCAAACUCACAAUAUAUACCACACUAGAGCUUUAAGUCUGUCAACUACAUAGCAAAUGUUUUGUUUUCUUACAGAAAAAGCAUUAACUUUCAGCAUUACUCUUGAAAUACAAAUCUAUCACUAUGUCCAAGCAAGUGUACACCUGACCUUCCCUGUACUUACUGAACAAAACCUUCAGAAAAUAAAUCAAUAGGGGGAUGAAAAAAAUAUCUGUUGAACUGAGUUGUUCAACCUAUGAUUUCAAAUCUUCUUAUGGCAAGGCUGGACCACGAGGUGCUCCAAACAGCCGUGGGCAGAACAAAAGCCCUGCAGCGCCAGCAGGGAUGUGAGAACUGAGGUAUGUGUUUAUAGCAGACCAUAAAGUUUAUAUGUUAGAUUUGUAUGUGUGAUAUGAUGAAAGACGGGCCCCCUGCCUGUGAGCUGGUCCUGUAGGCCGUGUGGAGACGGGCUGUAAUCUGGAGCACGUAAUUAGAGGAUUCCGUGGGAGGCAGAGAAACCUAGGGACUCGCCCUGUGGAGAACUAAAAUACCCACUAACCUUCAAAAUGUACAAAGAAUAAGUGUUAUUUUCCAUUUUAGAGAAUACUGAUUCAACUAUGAGUGAAGGUAAGGGGGACGUGUUUUAUUUUCAUCUUUGAUUAUAAAGUCCCUCACAUAUUGCACUGCACUAACAUCUACAACACCAGAGCAGAAUUUUGUAUUUGACCUCAUCGCUCAACUUUCAGGAUUGCCACAUGAACCAGUGAAUCAGGGAUUGUGAAUAAUUAGAAGUAUAUAUUAGUAGUGGACAAAGAUGUCCCAGUCCCCCUCAUAUCUCCCAUCAUAUGUAAUGUUUAGGAGCAGGCAAGGAAAAAAUAUUCAGUAUGGCAGCCCCUAACUGUCCCCCCUCUCUAGACUGACCAAAGCAUCCACCAAAGUAUGUGAGCAUCCACCAAUGUCCCUCUGCAAGGAGAGGAGUAUUUGGGGGAGGUAGCAGGAAAAUAUGGAAAUGUAGAGGGAUGGACAUCUUUCUGCAAUCAGCAGGCUUUUGUUUUCUACAAUUGGAGAAAUAACUUCCAGUAUACUUCAAGUUAUAGGAGAAGGGUGGAAACUUGGAAGCUCUCUCUUUCUCCCUCAAUUUCCUUCUCUGCUCUCUCUCUCUCUCUCUUGCACUCCCUCUCCCCUUCUCUGCUGUUAGGAUCCCAGUACCAUUCAGUCCAGAGGAGACACCAGCCAGACAUACAAUCUGAUUCUGAAGGAAAGAUGAGGCACCACUUGAUUCUUCACCUGUCAUGCGUGAGUCUGGUUAUGCUCUGGGGCCAUGGCUGUGCCAGGCAUGUGCCAAUGGUCUACAGCAUUUCCAUGGAUGGCAGUGGUGAUGUAGGGGAGACGGAUCUUAUAUUCCCCGUUGAUAGCCCCCACCACCCUGUCUCCCCCACCGUCGAUGUGUCCCCCACCGUCGAUGUCUCCCCUGUCUCCCCCACCACUACCCUAGCCCCCACCCUGGUCAGCACCAUCACCAACACCAUCACCACCACCAUGAUCCGCCUCAAGGACUUUAUGGUCACCCGGGUGGUGGACUUCCUCCAGGAUAAUAUGCUGAUCAUCAUCGUGGUCACCUCCCUCCUCAUUGUCAUGAUCUUCAUCAUCUGCUGUGCCGCUACCAUGAGCCAAAAGCGCAAGUUGGAGGCCUACAAACCUCCUGCCAACUCACCCAGCAAGUAUAUGGACCACACGGCGGAAGGAGUCAAAUCCUCCAGUGAGGUCCAGAGUAGGGUGUGCGGUGGGCCUGACUCAGCCAGGAGGGUCCAGAUCCAGGGAACCUCCAAGAAUCUGCGCACCCCUUCUGCUGCGCUGGUGGGGGAAAAGGUAGGCAAGGAGCCCAAACCGAAGGAGGUCCAGAAAGUGAACGAUAUAGAGGAGAAGGAGACCCGGAGGGUGGAGCCUAAGCACAAAGGGCAGAAGGCUGAGGAGGUGCAGCCAUGCUCCAGCUCCAGCACCAGCCAGCCUAUGGUCUGCACCUGCCACCUGAGGAAGGCCAACCACUAAGUAUAGGUUGGGGCUCCAACCAUGUAAACUAGCAAAAGAAAAGGAGAGAGAAACCUUUUCUUGUGCGGAGGGAACUCCCUGGGUACGUCUGCUGCUGUGUGCCAAACUUUUAUGUGGAAUCUGACCUUGUGGAUACCUUUUAGCAUACAGAUACUGUACAAUUAGGUCUAAAGAGCAUACUAUCAGGCCUUAAAAACAUAAGGAAUUUCAGCCCUGACUGUCCUUUUUGAUAUAUCUGAUAAAUUAUUCCUCAUAUACUUUCCUUGUUGUAGAAAACAGUCAUUGUGAAAUAUGAGAUUUGUUCAUCAAUUGAUAGCUUUCAAAGCGCCAUGUCAAAACAUAUACCAAGACAGUGUGUUUAGGAUGUUUGCAUGUUAUUACUGUUGGGAAAUUGUACUGCUCAGUUAAGCUUAACUAAAAAGAUGUAGAUCACACAGAAAAAAUUAAGUUAUCUUCUGUGAACGAGAGAAAGCCAAGCAUGUUUCUGUUUGCUAACUCUAUGGCGAUAACCUGGCCAGUUGAUUUCAACACAGUAAAUGAUUGAUGUGAGAAAAUGUAUUUUCUUUUAGCAAUGGACUCCUUUUUUUUCUCUUACUUCAUUAGAAAUGUUACAAUUCUAUACAUGUAACAUGGGUGCUUUGUGGAUUAAUAUUGAAGAGAAUUUGCUCAUGCUCUAUGGAUAGACGGUAGAGCUGCUUUUUUUGUAUUACAUUAUCUAUUUUUUCCGAACAUCAAAAUAACUGUGAUUUGCAGGUGGGAGUAUGUGGUUACAAAGGUCAGUGCAAGUUUUGAUUAAAAAUGGACUUACAUUACUCAAGUAAAUUAAAAUCCCCAAAUUCUCCUGAGUCCCUUUAAGGAUUGUUUUACAGUGACCCUCAGUUCUUCUGUACAUUAUGGUCAUUUUGUUUGCGUAUCUCAAUAGAGAUUUUGUUGAUAUAUUUGUUUUUCUGGAAAUUGUAACUGUAAAAGACAGGCAGUGAGUGUGAGAUUUCACCAUGUUCAUUAAGUGUUUCAAAAACAUACACAGAACAAAAAUCUAAAUGCAACCUCUAAAGUAUUGGUCCCAUGUUUCAUGAGCUGAAAUAAAAAAUCCCUGAAAUUUUA